UCAUCACUUCGGAAGACGUUUAUCAAGCAGCCUCCAUGGAUAAUAUUGGAUCCUUAGCUAUGCUGUUUGGUAUGAGAUGCAUUUGGGAAAGCAUGCACCCAAAUUCACGACAAUUAUAUAAAUUUUUUGACACCGAACAUCUUUCUAUUGGCAAUGAUGAAAGUAAAAACUAUACGGUGGAUCUUAUAGCCAAAUGGAUGAUGACUAUGGAUAGACGAGGCAAAAUAUAUUUCAUUCCUUGGAUUGUUGAUCGACAUUGGAUGUUGGUGCUCGUGAUGAUGCGGGGGAUGACCAUAAUUUUGGACCCUUUAAAAAAUCAUAAAUCUCCACCAAUAAUUACGGAGGUUAUGGGAAAGUAAGUUCUUCAAUUGUAAUGUAUGCAUUAUUAAUUUUUAAAAGUUGAGAGCAUAAUAUGUAUUUAAUUAAUUUUAAUUUUUGUAGAG